AUGAGCCAGGCUGACAAGGAUGCUGCUAAGAAGGGCCGUGGAAAGGGCAGCAAGCCAGCUGAUGUGGAUCGUCCUCUGUACGUUGAGAAGCUGGUCUGCUGGUUCCGUGACACUGUCAUGCCUUGUGGUGGUCCGGACCGCUAUCUGCAGAAGCGCUACAGCUCCCAGGCUCUGAAGCAAGAGUUCGCCGCGUACCUGGAUGAGCGCUAUCCUCCAGAGCUGACCUACGCCGCAGGCCUGGAGAAUCCCGGAGGUGUGCUGUUGCGGCCAUGGAUGUUGGGUUUCCGAACCGACUUCGGAUUGCCGGGGCUCAUGGAGCCUGAAGACACAGAGCGCCUCCUGGAGUUGAUUGCCACAGAGACGUUCCGCACGGACAGCGACAUCCCGGGCGUUGAAAAGCUUGCUGUUGUGGCCCCUGGCAAGGCGUUCUUGGAUUUUGCCUGGAAGCCGCUGGAUGCAAUCUCUGAUGCACACAGCGCGGACCUUUUUCGUUCCCAGAGUUGCAUGCUGCGCCCAUUUAGCGUCGCUUACGUCAAGGGAUAUCGCAGAAGCCUGACGAUGCUGAUCGUGGUGCAGGGUAUCCGAGAACUGGGUAUCGAGCCUCACGAGCUUCCGUAUGGCUUCAAGGACUUGUGGGACAUAAGAAUGUUCAUUCAAAAGUUGUUUUCUCCUCUGUUGCAGAAAAGCAUCGCCACGAUCUAUGGCACGGUUGGCCGCUUCUCCUCCGUCAAGGACCAGGUGCUGGCAUCCCGAGGUCGGCAGACGAAGGUCUUGGAGCGGGCGAACUCGGCCGAUGCCGCUUCUGUGGAUUGGGAGAAUGCAAGUGCGGUGGCCAGAGCGUUUAGCAUAGGCAAGAAUGAGGCUGGCGCCAUGGCGUGCUUGAAGUUGCAUGUUUCGGACCCGAUUGUCGCCAACCUCACUGAAGCAGUCCGUCUGCGAGGGAUGCGGCAGUUCAUCAGUCACGAGCCGAUAGCUCGUGGGGUCUUCAAUCGAGGGUUCACCAGCGGGCGGGACAAGUUCGAGUCAUGGAAUGUCCAGCUGACCAAUGGCGACGACGAUGUGUUGGUCAGUUUGUUCUUGGAACGAAUCACGGCCGACUUCGACAGAUCCCCAGCCUCCUUCAGGAAGGCGCUCGGCUUCAAGGAUGCCUCCUUGCUGCAUGCGCUCGCGGGCGGCUUCAUUCAUUUCAGAGGUCUGAUGGAAAAGGCGGUGCCGAGCACGGACUUCCAAACCAUGGCGCAGCGAAUGAAGGAGCAGUUCUUGGCAGGAGGCCUCGACCCAGAAAUAGAGCACGCCUUGACAGCCACUGUCCCUCCUGGCGACCUCAAAUCCCUGUCGAUGUGUAGGCAGCUCUUGGAGGCGGUUCAACAUCGCGCAUGGCUUGAGAACGAGAAGCAUGAGGAAGAGCUUGCAAGAAAGGUUGCGGAAGCUACGCUUGCACAGGUGAGCAGCAAGAUCAAAGCCGAUUUGGAGCAGCUGAAGGCGCGCGCCCUCGACAAGAGCCAGGAGGCUGUGCAGGCGGCCAAAGACGUCAAGGUCGUGCUCGUCACCAUGGAUGCUACUGUCUGGCCAGCAGACAUCAAGUAUGUCACCAAUUGUGUCGAAGUUUUGCGCCAGAUCCUGAACACAAACCUUCAGAGUCUUGGGCAUGUGCAGAUGCCAGUGGUGCAGGCACAAACCUCAGUGAAUGCUCAGCUGAAACACAAAAGGCUCUUCGAAGACAACCUGCUGACGCGGGACCUGGACCUCAGCCACUCUGUUACCAUGGCCUUCAAGAAGGAAGCUGAGCAUCGGCAGGACAAGCGCAACGGCACCCAGCACGCCUAUGCUGUGCACUCCGGCCACAUGAGGUUCUCGCAGAGCUUGUGGGCCAGCUCAGACGCGGUCGCCCGUGGGUUCAUCGACAAUUUGCCUUUGAUCAAGGUUUCUGACAUGAUCGGGUACGAUGCCGACAAUCGACCUGGCGCUGCAGCAAGAGCUGAGCAGUUCCUCGGCCUAUCUAGUGUUGUUCUUCAUGUUCUGAUGUGCGUGCAGGAAACUUCAGGAAGUAGUCAUCCCAGAUGA